GUCGGGGACAGCUCGCGGCACAGGUCCUUCCAUCGUCAACAGUAGAACAGCACGUGAACAAGGGGUUGGAGGUCAGGAUGGGUCGCUCCUCCAAAGACAAGCGGGAUAUUUACUACCGUCUGGCCAAAGAGGAGGGCUGGAGGGCGAGGAGCGCCUUCAAGCUACUGCAGCUUGACCACGAAUUCAACCUGUUCACAGGUGUGAACAGAGCGGUGGAUCUGUGUGCAGCUCCUGGCAGCUGGAGUCAGGUCCUCAGUCGGAAACUCAGAGGUCAGGAGGAGAAGGCCCAGGAGGUGAAGAUCGUGGCCGUGGACCUGCAGGCCAUGGCUCCUCUGCCAGGAGUCACCCAGAUCCAGGGAGACAUCACCAAGGUGUCGACAGCUCAGGAGAUAAUCCGCCACUUUGAGGGUCAGCCGGCCGACCUCGUGGUGUGUGACGGGGCCCCGGACGUAACCGGGCUCCAUGAUGUGGAUGAGUACAUCCAGGCUCAGCUCCUAUUGGCUGCUCUGAAUAUCACCACUCACGUCCUUAAACCCGGGGGAACAUUUGUGGCCAAAAUCUUCAGAGGUAAAGAUGUGACGCUGCUGUACUCUCAGCUGAAGAUCUUCUUCAGCGGUGUGACCUGUGCUAAGCCUCGCAGCAGCAGGAACUCCAGCAUUGAGGCGUUUGUGGUUUGUCAGAAUUACUCUCCACCUGCAGGUUACGUCCCCAACAUGUCCAACCCUCUGCUGGAUCACUCCUACGACGUGGACUUUAACCAAUUAGAGGGUCCAAACCGAGUCAUCGUUCCCUUCCUGGCGUGUGGGGACCUGAGCGCCUUUGACUCAGACAGAACAUACCCUCUGCAGCUGGAUUCUGAUAAACAGUACCAGUACACCCCCCCCACUCAGCCGCCCAUCCACCCCCCCUACCAGCAGGCCUGUCACCUCCGCAAAAACAACCUGUUGUCCAGAGAGGACGGCCCGUCCAUCUGUCCUGACCAGAGUCGAGACGAGCCAGAGCCUGCGGCACCGGAGUGCACCUGAUCCGCCCCGCUGCUGGUGCUGAUUUGGAGGGGAUCAGGGAGACAAAGGACAGCAUUAUCUUAAAGGGAACAGUCUGGGAUUUUGAGAAAGUAUUUUUUUUGUCAGAAAUCAAGAUGAACAUGAGUUUUAAUUAUAUGCUUCCAGUACUGUGCUGUGUAGCAACUGUUAACCUCCCGCAGUAUCGUCCUACUUUAACUAUUUCUGCUAUACUAGGCUAAACACGCUGUGCGUCUCUGUGCCAGAUGUUUGUCCAAUCAGGAGACCAUGUUUCUAUUGCCUUGUCUGGUUUUACGUCAGAUCCUUCAUCCAUCAGGCUGACGAAUUGUAAACAUUUUACAUUUUUAAAAUAAAGUUAUUUCUUGGGGCCAAACCAGCAUCAAAGUUUACAUUUAUUUAGAAAAUGACAAAAAGCUGAAUUUCCUUUUUUUGGACUUUAAACUAUUUUAAAAACAACUUUUCACACUAUAAAGUGUUAGUAAGGGGGGUGUGUGUGAUCAAAAGAUCUUUAAUGGUAAAAGAAAGAAUCCCUCACGUUUCACUCUUUCGACCUGCAGACAAAGUUCAUAUAAACCAACAUGUCUUUACCUUGUCUGUAGUUACUCUGCCUGUCUGAGAAUCAUAACUUUGUUAAUAAACUGAGUGCUUGACAGUGUCGUCUGUAAACAAAUAAAAAGUGAAAAUAUA